UGACACUCAUGCAGUAUCCUGACGCGCCGUGCAUGUGGAUUGUGUUCCAGUAGCGAGCUCCUCCUCCUUUGUAUAGUGUCAGUUAUCCAAAGCCCACCCUCUUGGAGCUGGUUAGCCGUGCCAGACUCCCACUCUCCACCCUAGUGGGCGUGCUCUGCUGCGACUCUGCAAGUUUUGUUUUAAAAAGUGACGGCGGCAAAAUCCGGAUGGGAGCAGCGAAUCUCCCCAAAUAUUUGUGGCACUAAUGGUGGGGGUGGGAACGACCCGGCAGACAGAAGCUGGAGGAAAGCGUGUUGUCUUCCGGUGAUGAGAAGAGCCUCACCUUGAGAGGAGAGUCGGACGAUUUGCCACCAACUCGGCUCCCUGCACGGAUCAGAGAGAUUGUCACCAGGAAUCUGACUGACCUUGCUGAACCCUCCCCCACAGCCAUGGCAUCCGUUUUGUCACUUCAAGAGGAGAAUCGGAUCCUUCAGCAGGAGUUAUCACGGGUGGAAGACCUACUGGCCCAGAGCCGGGCUGACCGCGAUGAGCUGGCGAUCAAGUACAGCGCCAUUAGCGAAAGGCUGGAACAGGCUCUGCAGGAGGAGACAGGUGAGAGGGACCGCGACUCCAUGGAGUCACGCAGCUUGACCCAGCAGAACAUGGACCUGCGGCGUCGGCUGGAUGAAGAACAGGCUGCCUACAAGCGGAAGCUCCAGGCUUACCAGGAGGGCCAACAGAGGCAGGCCCAGCUUGUGCAGAAACUGCAGGCUAAGGUCCUUCAGUACAAGAAGAAAUGUGGAGAUCUUGAACAGACUCUUAUGGAAAAAUCUACAGAGCUGGACCAGCAGCGGCUAUCAGGUCGACUAGAUAUCUCGACAGGGCGUCUGCGAGCCGAUGAAGAGGAGCACACUAAUGACUUGGAGAACGCUCUUAUCCGCUUGGAGGAGGAGCAGCAGAGAAGUGCCAGUCUAGCCCAAGUGAAUGCCAUGUUGAGAGAGCAGCUUGACCAGGCCAAUGUGGCUAAUCAGGGUUUGAGUGAAGAUAUCCGAAAGCUCACCGUAGACUGGACCAAGGCUCGGGAGGAGCUGGAACAAAGGGAAUCUGACUGGAGACGAGAGGAGGAGUCCUUCCAUAAUUAUUUCAGUAGUGAGCACAGCCGUCUGCUGGCCCUUUGGAGACAAGUGGUGGGAUUUCGGCGUUACGUCUGUGAGCUCAAGAGUGCUACAGAGAGGGAUCUCUCUGAAGUGCGAAAUGAGAUGGCCAAAGCCACCCGUAACGCUCAUGCUUCCUGUCUCAACCUGGGUGUCAACCUGCGUACUAACGAGAGCUCAUCAGCCCUGGCGCUAGAGAAACACACAGCACAAAUAGUCCAGCUAGAGGAACAACUACGUGACAAGGUGCGGGACAUGAUCCAGAUGCAAGCAAAAUGUGAUACUGAGAAGGCAGAGCUUAAUGCCAGGCUGACAGGGCUGAUGCUGGAAGCUGAACGGCUGAAGACCCAGAAUGAAGAGAAGGAGCGAGCUAGCACUUCUCUCGGCCAAAGGCUGGAAGCAUUGGAGACUAGUCAAUGCCAGCAGCAGGCUGACAAGGAAGUGGAGGAGAUGGAGGCCCUGCGAGCGGAGAAUGACCUCCUGCAGCAGACUCUUCAUGAAGUGAUGCAGGCUGCUCUGGCAGACUCUGAUGGAGGCACAGAGGCGAUUGCUGAGGGGGAUGCAGAUUCAGCCAUCAUGGCCAGAUCCUCCACAGUCCGCUCACCGUCACCUCGCCGAGGAGCUUCACCACGCCGAUCAGUCUCCCCACGUCGUGUACUGUUUGCAGGAGCAGCCAACCCGACGGUAGACGCAGUACGUGCGGCCCUGUCUAAGAGACAGAUCCAAAUGCAGGAGCUGCGAGGACGUUAUGAGGGAUCCCAGGAGCUGGUAGUGUCACUGAGACGACAAGUAGCAGAGCGAGAAGCAGAUAGACAGACUCUGGAGCAGCGAAUCCACCAGCUGAAAGAUGAAAUGGAGAAUGCUGACCGUGCGAAGGACUUGGCUCAGAGGGAUGUGGGCAGGUUGAAGUCAUCAGCUGAACACAUGGGCAGCGAGAAGGCAAAUCUGGAAAAGACGGUGCAGGGCUUACAGAAGCAAGUGGAAACAUUGCAACAGGAGUGUGAUAAGCUCCAGCUGGCCCAGGCGGCACUGCAGCGAGAGCGAGACAUCCAGAUUGACGAGAAGGAGGAGGCACUGAAAGAGCGAGAUCGAGCCAGAGCUGAAUGUGAAAGAGGGCAGAAGCAGCUGGAGCAGAGUGAGACGCGCCACUCAGCACUCAAAAAGGAACUUGCUCUGGUCAAAGAGUCUCUGCAGAAACAGACAUUGGACAAGGAGGUUUCGGAAACGGAGAAGGCAGGACUGUCUGAAGUUCUGUCUAGGGCAGAAACAAACACUGCGGAGCUGACUCUGGCACUCAACAGGCUCAAGACAGAGGAGUCCAAACUGCGGGAUUCGUUGGCCAAGAUGAGCUCACUAAAUGAAGGCCUGGCCCAAGACAAGGUCCAAUUGAACAAGAUCAUCAUUCAGUUGGAGGAAGAGAAGACUGUCCUACUAGGUCAGAAACGAGAGGUAGAGCAGGAGAAAGCCUCGAUCCGGGAUGAGCUCGUCCGACUGGAGCAAGAGAAGCUUGACCUGGACACCGCUCGCCAUGGUCUGGAUCAGUCGCUACAGGAUGUUGAGCAGAGCCGCGAGGCCCUGGAGGAGAGGCUGCACACUCUGCGUGGAGAGCGGGCUGAGCUGCAGGAGCAGAUCACGCAGCUUGCUAGGCAGAAGCUGUCUCUGGUCGAGGAUCUGUCCCAGGCUCAGCGUGAGAUUGAUCGGCAAGGAGAGGUUUUAGUGCGAGUUGCAAAGGAGAAAGAGGACUUGACAAAAGAGAAGGCGAGUCUAAUGGUACAGCUAUCUUCUUCAGAGAGAGAGAACCGGGGUCUGGCUGAGGAGGUGGCUGCAUUCAGAGCUGAGAGGGAAGCCUUAGAAACCAGCCUUUUUGAAGUUCAGCAGCAACUGUCCCAGACUGAAUCGAGGAAGGAACAACUGGAGACUGAGAACCAAACACUUGUGCUAGCCAAGGAGGCGCUGCAAGCGGAGACAAAAAGAGUGCGCGCUGAGGUGGAAGUGGAACUGGUGAAACUGGAAAGAGACAAAGAACUACUGGUCCAGAAGCUGAACCAGACAGAGCAGGAAUCCCAGUUCGCUAUGCGGUCAGCGCUGACAGCCCAGCAGGAGGAUGUUGACCGUCUGACUCAUGAGAAGGAGGCUAUAAGACUCGCACUGGAGGCCGAACGUGAUGAGAUCUUACACAGACUGACAAUGGAACGUGAUGAGGCAGCUUCCCGACACGAGACAGAGAAGGAGGAGUUGAGGGAGGAAAUUGCUGCCCUGCAGCAGGAUAGAGACCAAAGCCUGCUCAUGGCUGAGAGUGAGAAACAGCAGGCUCUUUCCCUGAAGGAAUCUGAGAAAACCAUACUAUCUGAAAAACUGACCAGCAUCCAGCAUGAGCUAGCUAAUGCCAACAUGGAGCUGGAGAGGGUGAAACGAGACCAUCAGAGCCGCCAGGAACAGGAGCGUAAUACUGUGAAUGCUUUGACAUCAGAGCUCCGUGAUUUCCGGGCUCAGUUUGAGGAUGCAGUGACAGCACAUGAACGGGAGGUGAAAAGUCUACAUGAGCAAAACAAGGAGCUGGUCCGCCAGAGAGAAGCUGCUCUCCGAGAGGUUGAUGAAGCUCGUACAGCAGUGAGAGUAGCUGAGGAAGCACGGGAUGGGGUGCGACGGGAGCUUCUUGAAACCCAGCGGCGCCUGCGUGAAUCUCAGGAUGGCCAAGAGGCACUACGCAAAGAGAUCCUCGAACUGAGAAGAAAUCUGAGCGACCAGGAGAAGGAGAGAGAGGCCUUGUACACGUCCAACACUGAGCUGCGGGACUCCGUCAAGAAAGCUGAGAGUGAGAGGAUCAGUAUAAAGCUGCAGAAUGAAGAGAAGGAGCAGAAGCUCUCCAUACUCGAAGAGAGUCGGGCUGCUUGUGAGCGAGAGAUUGGGGAGCUGAGGGCCAAUCUUCGGGAGGUGGAAAAGUCAAGACUGGAGGCACGCCGUGAACUUCAAGAGCUGAGGAGGCAGGUGAAGCUUCUUGACAGUGAAAAGGAGCAGAAAAGCCGGGAGGUGGCAGAGCUUCAGGCCAGAGUCUCCCUCGAUGAGCAAAAGGAGGAGGAGACACGGAGAGAGUCCUUUGGACUGAAGCAGAGGAUUAUGGAAACAGAGGUUCUCCGGGAUAGUGCCCGAAAAGAGGUGUCUAAUCUACAGCGCAAGUUAACUGACCUUGAGGUGGAGUGGCGCUCUCGUGAGCGGGAUCUACAGGCUCAGCUUGAGGAAUCCCACAGCAGCGAAAAGAGGCUACAGGACCACAUUCGAAGUUUGGAGCUGCGAGCCGAACAAUCACGUGCUGAGCUUAGCGAGCUGACUCUAGCGCUGAGUGCCGCUCAGGGCCAGACAGCAGGGCUAGAGGCGGAGAUGGCACGUCUUGAUGGGCAGAAACGCGAGCUGGAAUUCAAGCUGGGUAGCCUUCACUCUGCCCUGAGUCGCACUUUAGGUAUUGCAGGGCGCGGUCGUGGGAACAGCCCUGCUGUCCGGGGCCGAGGACACUCACCUCGACGCUCGCUUUCUCCACCAAAAGGACUAGAUGACGGCAGAUCAGGUGCCUUUUCUCGUACAGGAACACCGGAACAAAGGCCUUUGUCCAGGCCCACCUCUCCAGACCGCACUGACACACCGUUCCCAGAACUUGACCCAGAAAUGGUGCGUAGUUCGCUUCGUGAAUUCCUGCAGGAGUUGAGAGAUGCACAGCGGGACAGGGAUGAAGCUCGCACUCAGAAUGGGACUCUAAUCAGACAGCUUGGUGAGAUGGAGGCUGACCGAGAUGGAACUCAGCUGAGAGUGCAGCACCUCCAGAAGUCGCUAGCCGAGUGUGAAGAAGUGAAACGAGGAGCCGAAGGUAAACUCAGCUCUGCCCAGACUGCCCUCAUGUUGCAAGAAGAAUCCAUCCGUCGUGGAGAACGGGAGCGUAAGACCCUUCUAGAGAAGGUGACCACCUUGGAGCGGAGUGUCCAGUCAGCUGAGACCGAGCGGCGCAACACACAGGAGAAGCUUAACAAGCUCAAAGCCAAUGAGGCAAGGCUGGAUGCUGAAAGGCGGAAGUUGAAGGAGGCACUGGAAGACGCAGAAAGCCGAGGCACCAAGCUGGAGCUGUCCCGGAGAACUCUGGAAGGCGAGCUGCAGCGUAUGAAGCUUAGCUUGGGAGACAAAGAGACAGAAAUUCAGGCUGCACAAGAUCGCAUCGAUAACCUGCAGCGGCAGGUGUCAGAAAGUGAGAUGAAGGCUGGUGCUCUUCGACUGGAGGUGGACCGACUGCACCUGGCCUUGGCCAAAGCAGAGGAAGCUGAAGGUUCACUAAAGGAGCGACUGCAAAGCCUGAGUGGCAGCAUGGCAGAGAAUGCUGCCAGCCAGGCCUCAGCCCAAGAGCGCGUGCUGACCCUGCAGAAGGCCCUGAGCACCAGUGAACAGGAGCGCCGGCUACUACAGGAGAGGCUGGAAGGGGCAAAAUCAGCCCUUGCGGAGAGUAAGAAGAGCAUGGCGACAAUAAUGGAGCGGAUGCAGGCCCUGCAAGCUGACUUGGGGGAAGAGGAGCUGAAGCGAGCAGAGCUGGAGGGGCAACUCCAACAGCAACAGGAGCUACUGAGACAGCGCGUGGAGUCAGAGGAGACUGCAUUCCGCAGCCUGGAAAAGCUGCAAACAGAUCGAACCUUGGCGCAAGAGCGGCUGCGCAGCCUUCAGAGAGCCGUGGUGCAGCUGGAAAGCGAAAAGAGGGAGGCUGAAAGAGCUGCCAUGCGACUGGAGAAGGACAAGACUGCUCUCCGCAACACUCUGGAUAAGGUGGAGCGUGAGAAGCUGAAGACUGAAGAGAGCACCAUGCGCCUAUCUGCUGAAAAAGGCCGUCUGGACCGGUCACUCAACUCGGUGGAGCAGGAACUCAUGGAUGCUCAGCGACAGAUUCAGUUCCUGCAGGCCCAGCUUGACGAAAUGCAGCAGUCACAAUCCCAAGGCCUGGGCGAGGCUGUGCUGAGACAUCGGCAGGAGAUGCAACAGGAGGCUGAGAGGCUGCGGGCAGCUCAGCUGCAGGCAGAGAGGACAUUGGAGGCGAGAGAGCGAGCCCACCGGCAACGGGUCAAGGGACUGGAAGAACAGGUCUCUACAUUGAAGGAGCAGCUUCAACAGGAACUGCGACGGCGCCAGCCUCUUUACUCUCACUCCUCCAUCUUGUCCGGUAAUUGAGCCAACAGUGCCAACCGUCACUCCCGAGUAAGGAGAAAGACUCCAAGCAUUGCGGACCUCAGCAGUAACUCUCAGGUGCCUCAUGCUGCUGCUGCUGCUGCUACUGCUGCCUCUUUCUCUUCUUCCUGCUUCUUUUCAUGAGGUCCUCCAGUACUCACCUCAACAUCCACAAGCCCCCAUCUGCUGCCUCAUAUCACUGCAGCCUUCUGUUUCUUUUGUUGUGCCCACCUCCUCAAGCACCUCUAUGUUCUUCUACCCUGUGAUUUUGUGCAACAUUAAGAUUAGCUUAGAAUGACCCCUAUUUGAAGUGCUCCCUAUUACCAAAAUCAAGUCAAGUCCAUGAGGGCUAAUGGCAAGAGGCAUGGAGGGCUUACAUUAUAAUGUGGGUGUGGCCUCACUGACGAGGCUCUCAUGCUAUUGGCUGGUCAGUUCUUAUUGAUGCAUAAGAGGAAGAAAGAAGCAGCCUGCUGGUUUUAUAUUGGAUUUUCAAUGUAGAAGGACAGUGACAUGCAGCAGGCAUGCCAAUUGCUCGAUCUCUUUCAUAUAGUGCCUUUCAUGUGGCAUUAGUAAGCAGUGAGUGAUGGAUCAUCUGUUGAAAUAUUUUAUAAAUUAUUUGUCCUUCUAAUUAUAAACCCUGUGGCCAGCAUUAUGAACAAACUCUGAAUAAUUCCAUGGGGUGCACUGACCAGCAACAUCCAAGACGAUCUUUGGCUGCAAGCGAAGACUUUGGUGAUGACCACCUCCCAGUGCCCACCCCAAACACAUCUGGAAUACACCUCAGGAAAAUGGAGCGAUGGAGGUACAAGGUGACGUACACCAGGAAGAGGAUAAAAGGCAGCGGAUUAGAACUUUAAAAUAAAUGGGCAGGGGGUUUGUGGUGGUCUAAAUUAAUGGGGCUUAUGAUCACUAAUCUGGUGUGUGUGUGCUUUAAACAAAAAUAGAAUAUUUUUACCAUUAUUUAUAGAACAACAAUAUCGUAAAAAGUAAAAUAUUUUAGUCUUUGGUGCUAAAGUUUACCUAAACUGUGAAAACCAGCAAGAACACCGUCCAUUUUGAGCAGCUAUUUCUAACAUUUUAAAUCAUUUUUAGGAGUUUUAUAUAUUUUUUAGUAUUAGAUGUUUUUAUAUUUACAGCCAUCAUGAAGACCGUGACUUUAUUUUUUAAACUCUGACUAAUGUAAAAGUGGCUUGGUUUGGAGAAUUUUUAACUCAAAAAUAAUUUUAGCACACAUUGUUAGAUUAAAAAAAUUGUCGUAUUUUAUUAAAUUGUCUCCCAAUAGGGAGUGAUAUCUGAUCGUUAAGAUAAAUAUGAGCAUUUAGAAAUGUGACAAAGGUGUUAGUUCUGCUGUCACCUUAGCACGUGACUCUGAGUGUCACAUCUCGGGUCCAAUGUGUCAAUUUUGCAGCUUUAAAAUGCUUUUGCACCCACUUGAGAAAUGAAAUUUGGGACAGGUCUAUUAUCCACUUGUCUAUUUUAAAAUACUUCCUUUCGU